AUGGUGGUGUCGAAGAAGCUGAUGAAGAUCGGCCCAUGGGGUGGCACCGGGGGACACCCGUGGGACGACGGCGGCCACUCCGGCAUCCGCAGCAUCACCAUGUCCUACGACCGGUGCAUGGAGUCCAUCAGCGUGGAGUACGACAGGGACGGCUGGCCCAUCAAGCUGGGCUACCCGGACGAGUACCUGACCACCGUGAGCGGGCACUACGCGCCGAUCGCGCAGGGCGGCUCGCCGGUGAUCCGCUCGCUGGCGUUCCGGACCAACCAGAGGGCGUACGGGCCGUUCGGCGCGGCGGAGGGCACGCCGUUCACGUUCCCGGUGGAGGGAGGCGUCAUCGUCGGCUUCUGCGGGAGGAGCGGAUGGCAGCUCGACGCCGUCGGCCUCUACGUCGCGCCGCUGCGCUCGGAGACCAUGUCCGACAGGGUGCAGAAGAUCGGCCUGAUGGCUUACCGGGCGGUUUGGCAGCGGAUCGGAUCCCAGCAGCAGCAUGAGCCGGUGAAGCAGUUGAACGGCAUCGCGCAGCUUACUCACAAGACAUAA